UUUUGCGCCAAACCUCCGAGCAAAGCUCUCACAUUUCAGUCUUUUUAGAGAGAGAAACUCUUUCUUUUUUUUUUAGAGAGAGAAACACUGAGAAAAAAUGGCUGCUUCAUUCGACGCCUAUGGCAUCGACGGCGAAGAACUGAACACUUCGAAUCGCCAUUUUGACGACAACGACGUUGUCGUUGUUGAGAGCUUCUCCGGUGGCGGCGGUGCCUACGGCUCUUACUCCAGCUUUACCGGUGAUUUCACCGGCGAACACCCUACCUCCGCAGGGUUUUCCGAUGAUUUUGAGGUUAACGUAGAUCACUCCGCCGCCGCCGCUUCCUCUCCGGCGGUGUUCGGUUUCGAAGAUCCGAAUCCUAAUUACCACGAACCUUCUCCGUUCCAGUCGAUUCCUGUUGAGAAUGGCAAUGGAAAUGGAAAUGGAUAUGGAUUUGGCGGAGGUGAGAAUGGAACCGACGGCGGCAUCUUCGCAUCGGACGGUCCUGCGCUUCCUCCGCCUGGCGAGAUGGAGCCGGAGGAAGGUUUUACAUUUCGAGAAUGGAGGCGUCAAAAUGCAAUUCUGCUUGAGGAGAAAGAGAAGAGGGAGAAAGAAAUGAGAAACAAGAUUAUUGAAGAAGCUGAGGAGUUCAUACAAGCUUUCUAUGAGAAAAGGAAGCUUAACGUUGAGACUAACAAAGUCAACAACAGAGAAAGGGAGAAGCUAUAUUUGGCUAAUCAAGAGAAGUUCCAUAAAGAGGCGGACAAGCAAUAUUGGAAAGCCAUAGGGGAGCUCAUUCCUCAUGAGGUUCCCAAUAUCGAGAAGAGGAGAGGCAAGAAGGAUAAGGAUCAGGACAAGAAGCCAUCUGUCACAGUCAUCCAGGGACCAAAGCCAGGUAAACCAACUGAUCUUUCAAGAAUGCGGCAAAUACUUGUGAAGUUGAAGCAUUCACCUCCACCUCACAUGUUACCACCCCCACCUGCUCUGGCUAAGGAUGGCAAAGAUGGGAAGGAUGGAAAAGAUACCAAAGAUGGAAAAGAUGCCAAAGAUGGAAAAAAUGCCAAAGAUGCGAAAGGUGCAUCACCUGAUACAACUGGCUCUGCAGCUGCAGCUUCAUCAGCAGCAGCUUCACCUGCCACUGAUGUCUCCUCCAAUGGCUCUUCACACACUCCUGAACAAGGUGCUCCUGCUUCAGCCAACGAUCAGCAUGCUACAUAAUUAUAGACUGCAUGGGAUGCUCGAUUCAAUUCAAAUUGCUUUCUAUAUGUUUUUGUAUCUGUUUUAUCGUUCUCAGAGUCUAAUUUCUUAUUCCCUUGCCAUUUUACCAUAUUAUUUGCUGUUGACAAUAACAAUUCCGUAAUCUUUUUGCUUCCAUUGGUUUCAGGUUUUAGUAUGGAAGCCUUUUUAUACACAUUGGUUUGGGGUGUGUUUUGCUUGGGAUUUUUAUUUGUCGUCAUAUUUUUAAAAAACAAAUAUAUGAAGUCAAUUUUUUGGACGAGA